CCCAGCUCCCGCCCCGGCGGAAGUACUUCCGCCCCCAUCAAAGAUGGCGGAGGGGGCGGGGCGGAGCUGGCAGGCGGAAGCGGCCGGCGGACCACUGGCUUAGCACUAUGGCGGCCGCGACCGCCUCCCCGGCUCUGAAGCGGCUGGAUCUGCGCGAUCCCAACGCGCUCUUCGAGACUCAUGGAGCGGAGGAAAUCCGCGGGCUGGAGCGCCAGGUUCGAGCGGAGAUCGAGCACAAGAAGGAGGAGCUGCGGCAGAUGGUGGGCGAGCGAUACCGCGACCUGAUCGAGGCGGCCGACACCAUCGGCCAGAUGCGCCGCUGCGCCGAGGGGCUGGUGGACGCCGUGCGGGCCACCGAUCAGUACUGCGCCCGCCUCCGCCAGGCCGGCUCCGCGGCGCCCCGGGUCCCGCGGGCCCCGCAGCCACAGCCAGCAUCUGAGAAGUUCUACAGCAUGGCUGCCCAGAUAAAGCUGCUGUUGGAGAUCCCUGAGAAGAUCUGGAGCUCCAUGGAGACAUCGCAGCAUCUCCAGGCCACACAGCUCUACCUGCUCUGCUGCCACCUACACAGCCUGCUCCAGCUGGACUCCUCCAGCUCCAGAUACAGCCCCAUCCUCUCCAGAUUUCCCAUACUCAUCCGGCAGGUGGCAGCGGCCAGCCACUUCCGGUCAACUAUUCUGCACGAAAGCAAGAUGCUACUCAAAUGCCAGAACGUGUCGGACCAGGCUGUGGCCGAGGCCCUGUGCUCUAUAAUGCUCUUGGAGGAGAGUUCUCCCCGCCAGGCCCUCACAGACUUCCUGAUGGCCAGAAAGGCAACUAUUCAGAAGCUUCUGAACCAGCCUCACCACGGUGCUGGCAUCAAGGCCCAGAUUUGCUCCUUGGUGGAGCUGCUGGCUACUACUCUGAACCAAGCCCAUGCCCUCUUCUACACUCUACCAGAAGGCAUGCUGCCAGACCCAUCCCUGCCCUGUGGCUUGCUCUUCUCUACCCUGGAGACAAUCACAAGCCAGCAUCCCACGGGAAAGGGCUUCGCUGUCCUACACGGGGAGAUGAGGCAGUGCAGCCGGUUCAGACACCUGCCAGCCUCCGUUAUGGAGUUCCAGCCAGAGCUACGAACUCUCGCACAUCCUAUCAGCCAGGAGUACCUGCAAGACACACUGCAGAAGUGGAUCGACAUGUGCAAUGAAGACAUCAAAAAUGGGGUCACCAACCUGCUCCUGUACGUGAAGAGCAUGAAAGGGCUCGCGGGGAUCAGAGAUGCCAUAUGGGACUUACUUAGCAAUGAGUCCGCCAGCCACAGCUGGGAGGUGGUGUGUCAGCGGCUUCUGGAGAAGCCGCUCUUGUUCUGGGAGGACCUGAUGCAGCAGCUCUUCCUGGAUCGCUUACAGACACUGACCAGAGAGGGUUUUGAAUCCAUCUCCAGCAGCUCCAAAGAGCUUCUGGUCUCAGCUUUGCAGGAACUGGAGACCAACAACUCCACAUCGAAUAAGCAUGUCCACUUUGAGCAGAACAUGUCUCUCUUCCUCUGGUCCGAGAGUCCCAGCGACCUGCCUCCUGAUGCUGCCUGGGUCAGCGUGGCAAACCGGGCUCAAUUUGCCAAUAGUGGCCUCUCCAUGAAAGCGCAAGCUGUCAGCCCUUGUGUACAGAACUUCUGUUCAGCCCUGGAUUCUAAGCUGAAGGUUAAACUGGAUGACCUCCUGGCCUACCUUCCCUCCAGUGACACACCACUGCCCAAGGACCCCUCCCCCAUGCACCAGGCUAAGAACUCUGCCUUUGAUAGAUACGCAGAUGCUGGGACUGUGCAGGACAUGCUGAGAACUCAGUCUGUGGCCUGCAUCAAGUACGUUGUGGGCUGCAUCCAGGCAGAGCUGCAGACCAUUGAAGAAGUCACACGAGACCAGAAGGAUGUCCUUCACGGCACCAAGCUGCACACAGUCCUCUUCAUGGCCAGACUCUGCCAGUCCCUGGGAGAACUGUGCCCUCACCUGAAGCAAUGUAUUGUGGGAAAGUGUGGGGGCUCUGAAAAACCUGCAAGAGAGGCCAGGGCUCUGAAAAAGGGGAAGGGAAAAGCUCAGGAGGUGCUCCCUGUGCAGGCCCAGUGGCAGGAAGUGAAGGAAGUCCUGCUCCAACAGAGCAUCAUGGCCUACCGGGUCUGGAGCUCAGCGCUUGUGGAAUUUCUGAUUUGUGGAUUCACGCAGUCAUUGCUCUUAAGUGACGCUGGCUCAAUCCUGGCCACUGCCACCAACUGGGAUGAACUUGAAAUUCAAGAGGAAACGGAGUCCGGCAACAGUGUCACAUCUAAGAUACGCCUCCCCACGCAACCGUCCUGGUAUGUCCAGUCCUUCCUGUUUAGCUUAUGCCAGGAAGUUAAUCGGGUUGGAGGCCAUGCCUUGCCAAAGGUGACCCUGCAGGAGAUGCUGAAGACCUGCAUGGCCCAAGUCAUAGCUGCCUAUGAGCAACUCACAGAGGAACAACAGGUAAAGAAAGAAGGGACAUUUGCAAUGACCCAGAACCGGGCCCUCCAGCUCCUCUAUGACCUGCGCUACCUCAACAUCGUUCUGACCAGCAAGGGAGAGGAGGUGAAGAGUGGCCGGAGCAAGCCAGACUCCAGAAUGGAGAAAGUGACUGACAGACUGGAGGCCCUCAUUGACCCCUUUGACCUGGAUGUUUUCACACCACAUCUCAACGGCAACCUUAAUCGCCUGGUACAGCGGACUUCUGUUCUAUUCGGAUUGGUUACUGGUACAGAGAAUCAGUUUGCCUCCCGGAGCAGCACAUUCAACUCCCAGGAACCCCAUAACAUCCUGCCACUGGCCUCCAGUCAGAUCAGGUUUGGACUGCUUCCACUGAGCAUGACGAGCACAAGGAAGGCAAAGGCCACCAGUAGAGGCGUCGAAACAGAAGCCCAGGUUGGCCCCCCGGCACUCUCCAGAGUAGGUGACCCAACGCACCCUGGCUCCUUGUUCAGACAGCUGGCCAGCGAGGAAGACGACUCACCUGCACCUUCCUUAUUCAAGCUUGCCUGGCUCUCUAAUAUGACAAAGUAGCGUGGAAACAAUGCCCAGGCUCUCUAAUUAAAUACUUCUGCAUUAUUUUUACUA